GGCUACGCCAUUUCCAUUCAGUUUCCACCCUUUCCCGCCACAAUCUACUUUAUCGUCCACCACUCUCACUCUCCACCGCCGCCCCAACCGGUGGUGAAACGUUAGUGCAGUGAGCUACUUUUCAGUUAUGCGUGGAAUGGUGAAGAGAAUAAGGAAGAAGAUAGCGUGGAUGGGUGAGUUUGGUGCUAAAAUGUGCUGAGGUUCACUUGUAGGUCGGUCAAGAUAUAUAUUCUUCAUAAUGGGAUUUCAAAGUCAAGUAGAGAAAGCCAAAAAUCUCCUCAGGACCAGGCUCUGUAACCCUAAUUUCAUCAUCAAGCCUCUCUCUGAUUCUCCUGACAGCAACUAUUGCAAAUUGAAGUUCACAAUAUCAAGCUCAAUCACAGAGGCAUGCAACAAUUCAAUUCUGCUUGUUGGCCCACGUGGUUCUGGAAAAAUUGCAGUGUUGGAGCUUGCUCUCAAUGAUUUACUGCAAGAGUAUCCUGACACGAUAUCCUUAAUAAGAUUGAAUGGGCUGUUGCAUAGUGAUGAAAAUUGUGCCUUUAAGGAAAUUGCCAAACAGCUAUGCUUGGAGCAUCACUUGCUGUUUUCAAAAAUGUCAUCAUUUGAUGAUAACUCCCAGUUCAUGAUAGCUAUGUUACGGGAGUGUGGAUUAGCGCAUAAAACAAUUAUUUUCACACUUGAUGAGUUUGAUCAAUUUGCACAGGGAAAACAGCGAUUACUUUAUAGCUUGCUGGAUGCAAUGAAUACAGUAACUUCACAAGCUGUUGUCAUUGGUGUGAGUUGCCGACUGGAUGUUGAUCAGCUUUUGGAGAAAAGAAUAAGAUCUCGUUUUUCACAUAGAAAGCUGUUGUUUCUUCCUCCAUCCAAGGAAGAUGUACAAAGAUUGUUGGAGCACGUGUUUUCUUUGCCAACAGACUCAAGUUUUCCUCAUGAUUAUGCUGCUCAAUUCAAUGGAAAGCUUCAAAAUCUUUUGGCAGAUGACAGAUUUAAAGAAAUUAUUAGUAGUUAUUUAGAUUUGAAUUCCACCAUCAACCAUUUGGUGAGAUUUCUGUUUAUUGUUGUCUCUUUAUGGGAAUCAAAGUCUGGCUUCCUAUCACUUGAGAACUUCAAAAGUGCACUUUCAAGCAUUCAAAGGCAGCCGAAGCAGGAAUGCAUAAAAGACUGCUCAAUAUUAGAACUCUAUAUCCUUGUAUGCAUGAAGCGGUUGGAGGUUAAAGAGCAAAAUUCAUAUAACUUCAAUUCUGUAAUGAAAGAGUACAGAAGCGUUCAUGAUUCAUUCCAAACAUCUGACUAUUAUGCAUGGGAUGUAUGCUUACGGUCAUUCGAACGCCUCAUACAACGUGAAUUAAUUUGUUUCACGGACAACAGAGCUCACGGUCAAUCUGUUGAAUUUCGUCCAGUGAAGCUUCUAGUCUCAUAUGUUGAACUACAAGGGGGGCUGAAAUCAUAUCGUUCUUGUCCUAUCAUUCUUCAAAAAUUAAUGGAUCAUUAAAAUAGGAAGGGCGUCAGGAAACAACAUCAAUGGUUGAUUAGCUUCUUCAUGUAUAGAUGACCAGAGAAUUGUGGAAUUCACCUCUGCUGACUCUAUCACAAUGACUGCUCCAAUUUUCCCUGCCGCCACUGCUGGCAGAAAGCCAGUUUCAUAGACAAUAUCCGCCUUACAUAUUGUUAUUUAUCUCGCAGCUUCCCCUUGUAUUACUACUAAGUACUAUUGAGGAUCAUGAAUUUCUUAAUCCUUUAUGUGCAAACAAAAUUUUCACCCUCCA